UGCUAAAUAAGAACUUCUCGAUUUUGCUCCCCACAUCCUUCCUCGUGUAGGAAACAAAUUUUGAAAUAUCGUUAUACGAGAACUGAUCAAAACAUAUUCGGGGUCUUCCACUUGGACACAGCAGUAUGGCGAUCCUUGAUGCUUAUUCGUACUACUGUGGAUUGGGCAUCGCAAUUAUGUUGGGAUAUGUGAUAUCAUCGCUGAGGAUCGAAAGAUUGAUCAUUGCAGCUAUCACGAUGCCUCCGGAGCAGGUGAGCGGGACAUUAGCGAAGAAACAGAUGGCAGCGUCCCAAGAAAAGAGUUUAGUAGAUUCUGAAGAUUCCUUCCCACGGAUGAGUAUCUUGAGUGGAUGGACAGAUGAGAAAAUCUUCGCGCUCGAACGGCGAGCUAUUUUCAGCAAGGCAUGUGGCCUCACUGCUCAACGCAUGCAGAAUUCUGACAGAGUGUAAUCCAAGACUUGGCUUUUCGUAACCCAUGCAUCAAGGUUCAAGAAAGCAGGUGACUAUCGAACUUACGAUUUCGCAGGUUUCUCCUUCAUCGUAAUUCUGGGGAAGGAUAAGCAGCUGCGUACGUUCCACAAUGUAUGUCGCCAUCGCGCAUAUGCUGUGACA